CAGAAGAAAAUCUUUAGCAACUCGAGCCGUCACCAGCAAUCGAGCAAUCGUUUCGUGUGGAAAUCUACACCCCGGCAACGUUCUGCUUAGUCUGUUCUGAUCGUUCGAGAAGUACGGGUCGUAAAUCGCGCGUGAGUCUCGCCAAGGAUUGUGAAAAGCCAAAGUGUGUCAAACUAAACUGUUCUCAGAAAGGCAAAAAUGCGAUCCUACCAGCUAUCCUGGGCGCUGAUGGUGUUAUUCUCCAUAGACAGCACGCGAUCUCUUGACCUGCCCGAAUAUCUGCACGUUUGCCACCGAGAUGACCCAAAGCUGACGGAAUGUAUGAAACAAUCGAUCGAGACGCUAAGGCCCUAUCUGGCUCGUGGCAUACCAGAGCUGGACAUACCCGCCAUCGAGCCAAUCAACCUCGGCGAUCUGAUAGUGGCGGAAAGUGUUCCCGGCCAGGGCAUCAGUAUCACCGCGAAGGACAUCAAGGCUUACGGUCCCGGAAACUUCCGACUGAAAAGACUAAAUGUUGUGGAAUACGGAAAGGUGUACAGCUUUGAGCUGGAACUCCCGCAUCUGUAUGUUGAAGGUCGUUACGUGGUAGAUGGACGUAUUCUGCUGCUACCGGUGAAGGGCGCUGGAAAGUUUAACGGAAAUUUCACACAAGGCGUGGGAAAUGUCCGAAUCAAGGGCGAUCGCAAGGUGAUCAACGGUAAGAAUCAUCUUUCGUUGGCAAAAUUGGACAUCAAAAUUAAGGUUGGCGACGGAAAGAUCAAACUGGAAAAUCUUUUCGGAGGUGAUAGAGUGCUAGGUGAAAUCAUCAACCAAACCAUCAAUCAAAAUUUCUCGUUGCUGAGCCAUGAGUUAAUUCCGCUUAUCGAGAAGGCACUUCAGCGAAUAUUCAAACGAACGGGGAACAAAAUAUUGGAGCGAUUCCCGGAGGAAGUUUUAUUCCCCUGAGUGUGAAGGCAAUGCCGCGGUUCCUUAACUUGUAGAAAACAAACAGAAAACACAACAAAAAAACUGAACAAACUGAUACUAAUUUAUAGGUGAAGCAAACAAGCGAUAAUUGGCACAGGAGAAAAUAAUAUUUUGAAAGUGAUUACAAUAUGUGAGAGUGAACUUCUGUUAUUCAGGAGUGCAGCAAGGAAAAUGUUCAGACAAUCUGCUGUAGAGAGUUGUAAAUAAAUGUGAAUAAACUGUAUUUGCUAUUUUUUUAGGUAAUAAAAUUGAGA